AUGCCGAUGUCCUGCCGCAGAGCGGUCAUAACACUACUGCCGAAGAAGGGGAACCUACAGGACAUCGGCCUGUUCGGUGAACUGGAGAAAAAGCGAAGCCCUUGCUGUCGGGCCAAGCUGGACGUCAGCAGCAGCGUCACCCCUGGCCUGACGGGGGCGCUGCGAAAAACAAAGACGUUGUGCCUGCAGCAGCUGGUGGACGCAGUGGGGCCGACGCUGAGCGAUGCCCCGGCCCUGGGCUCACUGCUUGGGCUGCAUUCGGUCCGGGUGGCGGGGAGGCUCCUGGAGCUGUGGAGCCAAAGGCUGACGGGGAAAGAAAAGAGCCUCCUCAUGGAAUACAGCCAGAAGAGGAUGAUACCGGACCCUGCAGACCCGUUUCCAGAGAUCUACCUGAAGGCAACGUGCAAACAAAUAUCUACACAUCUACAUAUCUACACCAUAUCUACACCAAUCUGUAUCAAUUCAUUGACCAUCGGCGAUCUCCUUUUUGUGACUGCCCUUCCCUUCUGGAUUGACUAUUAUAGACGGGAUGGUAACUGGAUCUACUCAGACGUCAUGUGCCGGCUGUCUGGCACAUUGUUCUUCAUCAACACCUACAGCUCCGUCCUUUUCCUCUGCGCCAUCAGCGUCAGCCGCUACUGGGCAGUGACGCGGCCUCUGGACGUGGCCACCUCAGACCACAGAACUCGUGGGAUCAUCUUGUCCGUUCUCAUCUGGCUUUUCACCCUUGCGACAGCUAUUCUAUUCCUGAUACAACCAGGGACCCAUACUGAUGAUAACAAUGUCACCCGCUGUUUUGAGGGCUACCAGAACACCCCUGUAUCAACCAAGGUUCAAGUUUUUGCCUUUCACUUGACAAUAGUUAUAGGGUUUUUUCUUGUCUUUUUUGUGGUCGUGGUGUGUAAUUUCCUUAUUGCCCGAACGUUGCUUUCCAAAGGUCCUCCUCGGGCAGAAAUGCAGUCUGCAACGGUCACAUCCGGAAAGUCUCAACGGACGGUGUCCUUCUCAUCUAGAAAGCGCAGGGGAGUGAAGCAGAGAGCUUUGCAGAUGUUGUUUUCAGUGGUUGGAGUGUUUGUCCUGUGUUUCCUGCCUCAUCACGCUUGCCAAUGCUUCUGGACGCUGGCGGUGUUGCAUAUAGAAGAGGGCUUUGGCCACGUAGACUGGAGCCAGAAGACCCGCCAGGCGCUCAACGACGCACAUCAGAUCACUUGGCUUCUAAUGAGCCUGAACUGCAUUUUGGAUCCUGUGGUUUAUUUUUUCGCCACUCAGAAGUUCAAAGGGUUCAUCAUGGCACACAUUAAAAAAAUAGCGAGGGGGGGAAGUUGCUCAACGACGCUCACCUCUGAGGGCUCCAUGCACAGCCAGCGACACCAAAGUGAGCACUAGCAGCAGGAAAUGAAUUGAUACAGAUUGGUGUAGAUAUGGUGUAGAUAUGUAGAUGUGUAGAUAUUUGUUUGCACGUUGCCUCUGAUUCUUGCACCAACUAUAGGCAGUUCCUGUAUUAAUGUACUUCAGUGUCAUCCUCAAGAAUCUGACAGUUUAUUUCCACACACAGUAUAUGAAUUGCAUCAGUCCCCCUGCCUUGCAUGUGUGAGGAGGAAGAAGAUGUUUUAGAUGUACAAAAAGAAAAGGAAAUUCAUCAUGGAAGAUUUUGCUUUACAAACCCUUUUUUGUUUGUUUAGUAGGACGCGAAGUACAGAUCUUAAUCUUUUUGGGUGUCAAAAGUGCAACGUCCCACUGCAGAUUACACAAACAUUUCAAUUCAGUAGGCGACAUUCAGACAUCUGUAGAAUAUGUGAGAUUCUUAUCCCUCAUCAAAUGAGACAGUUUUUAUUGCUUUUCAUUGACGGGUUAUUUCUUGUAUUGCGAAACCAUGGAACAGAAGCAAUGACGCUUAAGCUACGUUUCCCCUCUGGCAUCCAGUAUUAUGUAUAUUAUGUCAAAGAGUAAAAACUGAGUCAGAAUGACAAGACUUUUUGCUCUCUGCCGUUCUACUCUAUCAUACGCUAUUCUUACUGCCAGUUUACCUGCUGUUGCAAAAGUGAGUUAUGAGGCAUUUUGUAUUAAUUUAGCUUUUACUUUGUAUGGUCGUCAAAUUUGUUUGUAAUAUAAUUUUAAACAUUUUUACUCCACAGACAAUUUUUGUGUUCUGAAUUUUAUUCUAUUCAUAUGAUACAAUUAAAAUAAAAAGACUGUGUCUUACACAUCAACAAACCGAGAGACAUCUCCGUAUCUCAAGAGAAUGCACCAUGAGACGCACAGAACUGUAGCAAAUUACAGGUUUUAUCAAAAUCACAUGAAUGAAGAAAAGGAAUGUCCCAUUGCUGUUUUGUUGGAAUAGUUGAAUAUAUUUCACAUUCAUGUUGUGUCAAAUCAGGCUACUAAUAAAAACAUAAACCUCGUGA